GCACGUAGCGGGAAGCCUGAUGACGGAAUGACGCAAGGGGCUGUUCAUUCUUGGGCGGUAUUGAUAGGAGAGUUUGAGAGAGUCCAGUCCAGAUCGGUCCCAGGCUUUGGUUGAAAGAAGUGAAGUAUCUUAACUUUAGAUGUUACAAUGACAAUCACCGUAUGCUUACUGCUGACCUUAUUAAUCUUUACGACCCAAAAUGGCGUCAACAGUAAACAUGAGCAGGGAGGUGAGUUCUGUGACGCGAAACCGCAAAGUUUAUGUCAAGGGGACUCCGACUUGAAAACAUCUUCCACAGUAGUCACCUAUUCAGAGCUGAAGCAUUUGUUAGCUGAACGAAAAGUGAGACUCUUUGACGUCCGCAACACUGAUGAGUUUGCAGAGGGACGGAUACCUACAGCUGUCAAUGUACCACUUGGAGAGCUGGGAGAGGCGUUUGGGCUGACUCCAGAUCAGUUUAGAGCACGCUAUGGGGCUCCGCUGCCUCCAGCGGACGCCGCUGAUGUUGUGCUCUACUGCCAGAGGGGGCGCCGCAGCGCACAGGCUCUGGAGAUCAUCAGGGGACUGGGCUACCACAGGGCUCGGCACUAUGCAGGUGGCUACAGUCAGUGGUCUCAAUAAGGCGUCUCCAUCUGUGUCUGUGUGUGUGUGUGUGUGUUUGGUGUCUCCAUCUGUGUGUGUGUGUGUGUGUGUGUGUGUUUGGUGUCUCCAUCUGUGUGUGUGUGUGUGUGUGUGUGUGUGUGUGUGUGUGUGUGUAUUAGAUGCAUAUAGAUGAUAAGCAAAACUCAGUUGUUAGUAUCAAAAAAUGCAUUUAAGUGAUCUAUCAGUGAAUCAAUUAUUUAUCAGUAAUUUGUUCAAUUAUAUUUAUAAUCAAAUGCUAAUGAUUUCUGUUUACAAUAAUAAAAUAUCCAUUAGAAUAAA